CCCGCCUUGACUUAAGCACUUUCUCUUCCCCUUCUUUUAUUUUCCGGUCGCCUGAGUUCUCUCACCUCUCGCCGUCGCCAGUGUGAAAUAGGAAUGGAGCAACCAAACAGUAACGCCGGUGAUGGCCAAGGGAUCAGAAGAAGAUCCUGUGGCUGUACGAAGGAAGAUUUUCUUCCAGAGGAGUCAUUUAAGAGUUGGGGGAAUUAUACAAAAGCGCUGAAGGCGACACCAGCUCGCCUCUUGGACCGGCUCAUGGCCCGGUCGGCCGAGCACACCGAACUUGUCGAGAUGAAGGCUCAAAGCCAGCACGAGAUGAAGAAGAGCCUCACGUGGUGGGACCUCAUGUGGUUCGGCGUCGGUGCCGUCAUCGGCGCCGGAAUAUUUGUCCUCACAGGUCUCGAGACUAGGAGACACGCCGGCCCUGCCGUCGUCUUGUCUUACAUAAUCUCCGGUGUCUCCGCCAUGCUUUCCGUCUUCUGUUACACUGAGUUUGCCAUCGAGAUUCCGGCCGCCGGUGGAUCAUUUGCCUACCUAAGGGUAGAACUAGGCGACUUCGUGGCAUUCGUCGCUGCCGGCAACAUCCUCCUUGAAUAUGUUAUCGGCGGCGCUGCUGUAGCCCGUUCAUGGACGUCAUACUUUGCCACCCUUUGCAACCACCAACCAAAUGAUUUCCGCAUCCAUGUCUCUGUUUUUGCUGAAAACUACAACCGUCUCGACCCCAUUGCCGUCGUCCUCAGUAUCGUCAUUUGUGGGUUUGCAGUGGCGAGCACUAAAGGCUCCUCCCGCCUCAACUACGUUGCCUCCAUUUUACACAUUACCGUGAUUGUCUUCAUCAUCAUUGCCGGGCUGACCAAAGCCAACCCCAAAAACUUAACUCCCUUUGCCCCCUUUGGCCCUCGCGGCAUAUUCGUAGCUUCUGCCGUGUUGUUCUUCUCAUACGUUGGAUUUGAUGCUGUUUCAACAUUGGCAGAGGAGACUAAGAAUCCGUCUAGAGAUAUUCCUAUUGGUCUUGUUACGUCCAUGGUGAUCAUCACUUUAGCCUAUUGUAUUCUUGCGGCUACCCUCUGCCUCAUGCAGCCUUACCAGAAGAUUGAUGAAGACGCACCAUUUGCAAUGGCUUUUGAAGCCGUUGGAUGGGGUUGGGCUAAGUACAUUGUUGCUCUCGGUGCUAUAAAAGGCAUGACCACUGUGCUGUUAGUCAGUGCGGUUGGUCAGGCGCGGUAUCUCACGCACAUUGCCAGGACCCACAUGGUCUCCCCCUGGUUUGCCAAAGUCAAUGAAAGAACCGGAACUCCAGUGAACGCAACAGCAUCAAUGCUGGCUGCAACAGCAUUGAUCGCCUUCUUCACACCCUUGGAGAUAAUCUCAAACCUUCUCUCAAUUUCCACCCUCUUCAUCUUCAUGCUGGUAGCCGUAGCCCUUAUCGUCCGACGCUACUAUGUCAGCGGCGAAACAACGUCGUCCAACAGAAACAAGCUCAUAAUCUACUUGUUUCUGAUAAUGGGAUCUUCAACCGCAACUGCCAUUUACUGGGCCACAAGCGAUGAGUGGAUCGGCUUCGCAGUAACCGCUCCGAUAUGGUUCCUCUCAACUCUAGCCCUAUGGAUCAGCGUCCCACAAGCCAAGAAGCCACGGGUGUGGGGCGUGCCACUGGUCCCAUGGGUGCCUUCAAUAUCCAUCGCCAUAAACUUUUUCCUUCUUGGGUCCAUCGAUGCAGCUUCAUUUGAAAGGUUUGCGAUCUGGACUGGGAUUCUAUUGGUUUACUAUUUCUUGCUUGGGUUGCACGCUUCUUACGACACUGCCAUGGAGUCGAAGAUCCAAGCAGCAGAAGAAAGUAAUAGCAGUGUGUGAAUAGGAAUCCAAAGAAGAAAGAAAUUGGAACUAACUCGGAUAUAUGAAAGGGAUCUCAUGUUGGUUAGUAGAGGUAAAAUUUAUACUGUAUUGGUUGGUUGGUUUAGUGAUGGUUGGUGUGUUGUUGAUAUCCAUCUGUAAAUGUGAGUUUAUUGUUAUUUUGAAAGUGGGUAGUGUUCUAAGAUCAGUUAUGUAUAUUUUAAUGCUAAACUCAUCGUUAAUCUCAACUUUACACAUUUUGGGAAUUUA